AGAACAAGAUGGCAGCGCCCAUGUUGAUUUACAGACGAGGGGGUGGAGCUAUCAUUCCAGCCUUAAUUUCGUCUUUGAAAGGACUGAACUGCAAAGAGACUUUGAGACCAAAUCGGAAAUUCAUUCCCUUCAAGGCGGUGUACUUUUUGCUAUGGUCAGGAACGGUGAGUCUUAUACCCUUCCUGCCAGUCUACAUGUCAUAUGUAGGUCUCAAUCCUGUCCAAGUUGGUGUAGCACGUGGCAUUGAACCAUUCGUUGGGAGUUUUUCAUCUCCUUUGUGUGGUAGCUUGGCAGAUAAGUUUGGCAUGCAUAGAUUCAUCAUGGUUAGCAGUAUUAUAGGGACAGGGCUCCUAUAUGGGAGCGGUGUUUUUGUGUCACUUAUUAAUACAGAUCCAGCUGUGAAUUGGACAAAGAUUUCCAAUGCUUCAGAAGAGGGAUAUCUUGGAGAGCUUCGAAUUAGAAAGAUAUCAGUAGAACAGCAAGAGAUGGACUCUACCUCAAGUCAAAAGCUAAAGAAUCACACAACUUGUGACUUUUGUCAUCACUGCCUUUCAAGUCAUAUGCAGGGUAAAUUACCAUGUAAUAUUAUGAAGAUAAAUUUUGAUUCAAAAUUAAUUGCUGGAACAAAGCAUCAAAGCCUUGUAACCAAUGAGUAUAAAUCUUUAGUUUCAUGUUGCCUCUGCAGCUGUAGGUUAACAGAUGAAACAUUCAAUGUAUUAGUGCAAAAAUUUGCCACAGACUACAAUGUUGUAGAGAGAAUCCAUGAAAUGUGCAGUACUGCCAAUAAGUCCUCAAAAGCCAUAAAUCUUAGUUCACCUUCAGAUACUUUGUUUUCUCAAAGUAAAGAAAAAACUGAAAAGAAAGACAGUACACUCACGUUUGUUCUGAUGUUGGUGAUUGUUCUCACUGGACAAUUUGUGUCCAACCCUGCCGUCCCUUUACUGGAUGCAGCCACCAUGGCACUUGUGAAAGAAUGCAACGACAGAGGGCGGAAGGUGGAGUACGGACAUCAGAGAUUAUGGGGCGGAUUCGCCUGGGGUGUCUUCGCACCCCUCUCAGGACUCGCUAUUGACACCUACUCUGCAGCGUAUCCUGAGUCUUUCAACAAGUAUCUUCCAGCUUUCAUUUUCUUUGUCGCACUUGUUUUCCUGUCCGUCGUACCUGCAUUGUGCAUCAGCUUUCUUCCGCACCAACCUCCAGAGUCACUCGCAAGUAACCUCGGCACCCUGAUCCGAAAACCCAAGGUGCUCGUCUUCCUGUACGCUAUGUUCAUCACAGGGGUAUCUGUGGGUGUCAUCAGUACCUACCUCUUCUUGUUCCUUGCUGAACUCUCUGGAAGUCACACCCUCAUGGGACUGACACUUACCCUGACAAGUGUGGCUGAAGUCCCUUUCAUGUUCUUUGCUACCAAGCUCAUUGAGAGACUUGGACACCGUGGGGUCUUUGUUCUGACCCUGUUUUGCUAUACGGUGAGGUUUGCUGGCUACUCUCUCCUGCAUAACCCGUGGCUUGUUUUGCCCAUAGAGCUCCUCCAUGGCAUCACCUAUGGUGCUCUCUGGCCAGCUUGUACCUCCUACAUCAACCUCAUCACCCCUGACAACAUGCUGACUUCAAUGCAAUCUAUCACAUUUGGAAUCAAAUGUGGUUUAGGUAACGGUGUGGGGACAUUGCUGGGUGGAGUCAUCUACCACCUUUAUGGAGCUAGGAACCUAUUCCGAGGAUCAGCCGUCUUAUGUAUGGCAACUAUGAUCUUCUACUGGCCAGUGAGUGCUUAUCUCGAUAGACUAGAUGAAGUCAGAGAGCGUCAAAUACAGUAUGAAUAAAUAUGAUACGAUUUGCCUAUGCAUUUGGGCGAGUCCAAGGUCUAAAUUCAUUUGGUGUUAUUUCACAUCAUAUUUAGUCUGAUUCAAACUCUGAGUUAGGCUGUUAUCUUAAUACUUGUAACCAUCAUUAAAAUCUUAGAUGUUGAUGGUAACGCAUUGGACCAAAUAAAUUUGGCUGGGCCAUUUUGAUGAAAUAGUAUUCAAUGGACAUGAUAGUGCCUUGAUUUUUAUGAUUACUUGCCAUUUGUAAUUUGUUAUCUAUGCUUUCUUUCAUGAAGCUUAUACAUGUAUAUUCAGCGUGACCUUGUUAUUAA